AUACGUGUACAAGUAUCUGUAGCUGGGGUCUUUAUAUAUUUGUCACGUAGACAUCCGGGCCAUCCGGUUGUCUGUUCUGUCAAUUAUUGCCGCAAAGAUGGCAACGACUUCAUACGAAUCUGAUUAUCAAGAAUUGCAGGCUGAAUAUCAAAAGUUACAGCGAAACUUGGCAGAAGUGAGAAAACUGCAAGUCGUUUGCAAGAAAAAGGUUGAUAUCGUGAAGAAGGCAAGGACUGCUGACCGAGACAGCAAAAGCAACGAAACUCUCAAACACCAAACUACUGACAGACAACGGGAGCUGCGUGAUAUUGAAGCAACACUUCCAAGAAAGAACCAUUGGUUUCUACAGCUUACUCUAGGUGGUCUUGAUGUAACGCUGCUUACAAAGACAGAUCGUCAUUUGUAUAAACAGCAAUAUGAAGACUUUAAGAUGUGGGUCACCAUUGUCAUUGGUCUUUUCUCGUUUUUCAAUUUGAUUGUUUAUCAACGGCUAAUGGAUGCUUCCUUUCAGUUUCUUCUUGUGUGGUAUUACUGCACGUUGACUAUUCGAGAGCAUAUUCUGCGUCAAAAUGGAUCAGAGAUUCGAGGUUGGUGGGUUUUGCACCAUUACUUGUCGAUUGUUGUCUCAGCAUGCAUCUUGAUUUGGCCAGUGGAUGAUACUUAUCAGAUGUUUAGAAUGAACUUUAUGAUGUUUUCGCUGUAUAUAAGCUUUGUUCAGUUUUUGCAAUAUUAUUACCAAGUUGGUACCCUGUAUCGAUUGUUGACUCUUGGCAGAGUACAUGAACUGGACAUUACACGAGAUGGUCUAAGAAUCAAAACUUGGUCUGAUAUGAAGUAUCUUAUUCCAGCUCUGAUUAUUGGCUAUAUUUGGCAAUACUAUCUGGCGUAUCAGCUCUUCUCUGUUUGGUUUGAUAUUGCUGCAGGAAAAGCAUGGCAGAUUUUCGUUCUUUCUGCGUUGUUCCUAAUUCUUGGAACUGGUAACUGCUUGACACUGGCAAUGACUCUACGACAGAAGUUGAUUCGGGACUCUGUGAAACUGAAGUGAGCGUUGCCAGUAAGAUGAUAGGCCUCCUGUUGAACAGACAGAAGCUUGUUUGUGCGCUCUAAACUAUUUGCUGUGUUGUGUUUACAAAUAGACUGGAUGCAUGCAUUAUGUACGUGUUCAGUCUCAAUAAUGGAGAUGAACUGCAGUUGA